GCUAUCAACGGCCGCGCGCGCGACGCGACGCGACGCCUUUAAAACGGCGCGAUCUCCCAAAGAUCCACUCAUUCGAUCACCGGAAUCACAACAAUUCCGAGCACGACGACGACGAGCCACGAAGCGAUUGUGUAGACCGGUAUCGAAGCAGCAGUGCAUACAGUAACAAAAAAAAGUACAGCCACCGCCGACGACGACGAACAGUUAUAAAUCCAGAAAAUCGAUGAUAUAAAUGUGACGAAACUUUUCUCUAGCUACGACUACUUUUUUUGCAUGUUUCUCUCUGAGUAAUAACAAUAUAUAAAAUACAGCAGUAGUAGCAGUAUAGCAGCAUCAGCCCCCACCCUAUCUGUCUUAACAAUCGGAGAUUGCGGUGCGUGAGUGCGCGACAACACGCGAGUGAAUUUCUUUCUCAUUUUUUUUUUUGUGAUUCGUGCAUUGCAUCGAUCGAUCGGCAAUUGAGAGUAGUGUUGCAGUAUCAGUAGUGUUUUCGGAGUAGUUGAGUGUCGUUGUACCAAAUCCAACGGAGGAAAAGGUCUCCCGAUUCAUUUGCCGAUCUUUUCCCGAAAGCAUCUCUGCAUACAUAGGGGGUUGAAGCCAGUCGAACCGCCGCCAGUUUUUGUCCAACACACACACACACGCAUACGAGCGAGAGAGAAAUUGAGAAAAUCGUCGCGGCUGCGUGUGAUGUGAUGAAGUCACCGGUGAAACAUGAAGCUAACAGUAAGCCUGAGCCAGUCGACGAGGGCCCCGUGGAUUUCGAGCGAGCCAUAGAACUCACAGGAAAUGGAAAAUUCAAUCACUUACUGCUGCUGGCAAUGUUGCCGGUGUGCUGGGCGAACGUCUACGCGUCCACGUCCAUGUCCUACAUACUGCCGUCGGCGGAGUGCGAUCUGGAGCUGACGAUGGUGGACAAGGGACUGCUCAACUCCAUGUCUUUUGCAGGAAUGAUCAUAACGUCCUUCGCGUGGGGCUUCAUCGUGGACGCCUACGGUCGGCGCAAGAUCAUGGUGUUCGGCUUCCUCUGCACGGCCGUCUGCAAUCUGGGCAGCUGCUUCAGUCAGGCCUCGUGGCAGCUCAUAGUCUUCAAAUUGGUCGACGGCAUAAUCAUAUCCGGGCCGUACGCGGCGCUGCAGUCCUACCUGGCCGAGGUUCACGGCGAGCAACUUCGUGCCCAGGUCUACAUGUGGAUGGGCGUCGGCUUCGCCCUUGGAAAUAUCACCCUCUCGUGUCUGGCAUGGCUCAUCAUACCGCACAAAUGGACGCUGGGUGAAUAUCUGCCCGUGACCUCGUGGCGGCUCUUCCUGGGCCUGUGCUCGCUGCCGGGCCUCGUGGCCAGCGUCGCGCUCUGCUUCUUCCCCGAGAGUCCGAGAUUUCUGAUGGCCAAGCACAGGCACGACGACGCCCUGCAGGUCUUCAAGAAGAUCUACUCGCUCAACACCGGCAAGGAUCCCGACACUUAUCCGGUCAAGUGCCUCGAGGAGGAGGAGACGGUGAAGAUAACGAGCGUCACGUUCAAGCAGACCGUCGUCGGCAGCUUGAAGCAGAUACAGCCGAUCUUUCUGCCGCCCAACGUCGUCACCCUCGUGCUCACCGCCUUCAUCCAGUUCGGCGCCACCAUCGGAUCCAACACGCUGAAGCUGUGGAUGCCGAUGCUGUUUGCCAUGCUGUCGGUGUACGACUCGAAGCACGCCGGGGGUCCGUCCAAGACGAUGUGCGCCAAGAUCAGCGAGGUGCCGCCACCCGAGCCUACGGUCACCGGCGGCUGCUCUGACGCUACCGUCGACGCUACCGUUUACAUAAACUCGAUCGUCAUCUCGGUGGCUUCCGUUAUCGGUUACAUGGUGGCCAAAACUCUCGUCAAUUACGUCAGCAAAAGGAUACUCAUGAUUAUCUGCUUCCUCGGAGCCGCGACCUGCUGCUUCGCGUUGUACUGGGGCGAGGACUCCAGGAGCAUCCUCGGCAUAUCGUCGGUAUUCGUCGCUCUGACGAGCAUAGGCGGCACGAUAGUCAACAACGUCGUCGUGGACAUGUUCCCCACGUCUCUCAGAACGAUGGCACUCAGCGUGACGAUGGUCAUCGGUCGCUUGGGCGCGGUCGUCGGUAACGUCCUCUUUCCGGUGCUGCUCAGUUUGGACUGCCUCGGACCGUUCAUGAUGAUCGGCGCCGUGUGCUUUGCUUGCGCAGCUCUGGUACUGGUUCUGCCCAAAAAGAGAACGUCGUCAUGAACAAAUACAUAAUAAUUAAUAAAUAAUAGGUUUAUCAAAGAAAUUUGCCGAUGACGUUUCGGCAUGUAUGUGUAUAAACGAAUGAUAUUAAUCUACAUAGCUUUAUUUUAUCGUUAAGUUUUCAAAGAUUUACUUGUUAGUCGAUUGUGUUAUUAAAUUUCAUCCUAGGACAAAUAAUUGUAUUUCGAAUUUAAACAAAUUAUCGUGUAUUAGAUACUUUUUAUUAAUUUUAAUGAGUUUUCUCAGCUGUAAAUAAUGAUCGAUAUUUAUAGUCGCGAAAGUUCUUGUUUGUACAUAUGAGCAUUUAUAUAGAUUUUAUAUAUUUAAAAAAAAAGAAGAGUUUGUGUCGUUGUUGUUGUUGUUGAUGAUGUGCGAAUCUCUAGUUUGUUAAUUCGUAUUUUAUAAGUUUAUAAAAUUUAUAAUAUCGCUUAAGUUCUCUGUUAACUGAUGAAAAACAGUAUAAAAUAUAUAUUACUUUUUUACUCAAAAAAAAACUACUACUCU